AUGGAGUUACUGUCGCCCCCGCUCCGAGACGUGGACUUGACGGGCCCAGACGGCUCCCUCUGCUCUUUUGCCACAGCGGACGACUUCUACGACGACCCGUGUUUCGACUCCCCGGACCUGCGCUUUUUCGAGGAUCUUGACCCGCGCCUCGUGCACGUGGGAGCUCUCCUGAAGCCCGAGGAGCACUCCCACUUCCCUGCAGCUGUUCUCCCGGCCCCCAGCGCGCGCGAGGAUGAGCAUGUGCGCGCGCCAAGCGGGCACCACCAGGCGGGCCGCUGCCUACUGUGGGCCUGCAAGGCUUGCAAGCGCAAGACUACCAACGCAGACCGCCGCAAGGCUGCCACCAUGCGUGAGCGGCGCCGCCUAAGCAAAGUUAAUGAGGCCUUUGAGACGCUCAAGCGCUGCACGUCCAGCAACCCCAACCAGCGGCUGCCUAAGGUGGAAAUCCUGCGCAAUGCCAUCCGCUACAUCGAGGGCCUUCAGGCUCUGCUGCGCGACCAAGACGCCGCGCCCCCUGGUGCUACUGCCUUCUAUGCGCCGGGCCCGCUGCCCCCAGGCCGCAGCGGCGAGCACUACAGCGGCGACUCAGACGCAUCCAGCCCACGCUCCAACUGCUCUGACGGCAUGAUGGAGUAUAGCGGCCCCCCAAGCGGCGCCCGGCGGCGGACCUGCUACGAUGGCGCCUACUACAAUGAGGCACCCAGCGAGCCCAGGCCCGGGAAGAGUGCUGCGGUUUCGAGCCUCGACUGCCUGUCCAGCAUUGUGGAGCGCAUCUCCACUGAGAGUCCUGCGGCGCCCGCGCUCCUGCUGACUGAUGCGACACCAGAGUCACCUCCACUCCAACAAGAGGCAGCCGACUCCAGUGAGGGCGAGCGUGGGACCCCUGCCCCGUCCCCGGAAGCCGCCCCGCAGUGCCCUGCAGGCACGAACCCCAACCCGAUCUACCAAGUGCUCUGA